AUGCUCUUGAUAACGGUCUCUUUUUUUAUUCCGCUGGUGUUGACGGUGCUUUCACUAACCGGCACGUCGCAAUCGCUAACCUCCUACUGGUUAUCGUACUGGGUGUCUUACUCUAUACUCUGCACAUUGGAGCUGAACUCGCCGUUCAAGUCAAUUCUUCCAUACUAUGCUCAGCUCAUAUUGUAUUUGUGGUUGCUCUCGCCUUAUUACCAGGGGUGUCGGGUGCUGGUCGCGCACCUUAUAACCCACGAUGAGCUUAUUCUAUCGUUUCUGGGGAAGCUGGACCCGUAUGCUUCAAACGUGUUUACUCUUGUCAGUUCUGGGCUGAAAUUUAUCGGAAAUGCACUGAAAAGUGGCCAGCUUGACCAUUGGAUCGCGAACCUGGACUCCCUUGUGGAAUCCCAAAAAACUCAACAAAUAACCGGGUUUUACGCACUAAAGCUCCUGGCUCUUUUCAACAGAGCCUCCACAAACUCGUUGGAAAUAUACAGGUCGAGGUCCAGCUGGAUAGUAGGAUUUUUACCGCAAAAGUCGCCCGUUCAGUCGAAUCCAACCACGCCAACAGGAACACCAACAAAGAGAUCGGUGAGCGAAACCAUUCCAAAGAUAAGUUCCAUCGAAAACAUACACAGCAAAUUCAGAAAAUCCUCCUCAACCUCGAUGCACUUUUAG